AUGAGCGAAUCCUGGUCUGAAAGCACGUCAAGUCGAUCUUCCGAGCUCUCAAGCGGUUCUCAAUUAUUGAGGUAAGAAAAAAUCUUCAUUUUUCAGACUGUCGGGAAAAUAAUGAGCCCUCUGUCGCAUCGGAAAUUGUAUCGGUGAAGUGAAAAGCAACUUGAUUUUGUCGCGAUACAAUUCAUUUUCUCGACGGCGAAAUUUUCGAUGCGACAGAGUGCUCAUUAUUUUCCCGACAGACUGAUAUCACCCGCUACACAAGGCUUCGUCUGACCCUAUCUAUUUAGCUCGAGCUGCCGCUCCCAAUCUCGCAUCCGUUCGCGUGUGAAGCGCGCUUCGGCUUCUCGCUCCAAAAGUCGCUCUCAAGACAAUGUGUGCAGCAGUAUGCCUAGUCGCUCCUGCACCGUCAGCAGCUCUAGCUCACAGGAUCGCGCGGAAAGUCGAAGAGGACGUCGUGAGGAGAAGCGUGGGCGUAAAGUUUCCAAGGCCAGGUAAGCUACCGUUUGUCGGGAAAAUAAUGUGGAUCCGCUGCGUCUCGGAAUCGGGCUUUGCGAGGGCUAGCCGAGGCUUGGUGCGCUUCUGCGCCGAGAUUUUUUUGUUGCUACAAUUCACAUUAUUUUCCCGACAUGCUGAUAGAAAAAUAUUUCUAUAACCGCCUCAAAAUUUAAUUUUUAAUUCUCGCGCCCGAGAAAAAAACCUUGGAUAAAGGUUUUUUUCUUGCGCACCGUUUUUUUAUCUUUAUUUCAUUUUUAUUUGUUUUGGAAAAAGUUCCUUAUUUUGGCCACAACAAAGGUACCCCGCGAACUGCGCCCAAGCUUGGGCACUAAAGUUAGGAAAAAACUCUCGACCUAGCUGGCACUGAAUUACUAUAAUAGCUCUAUAGUUUUAAGGGUAUCUACGAAGGCUGUGACGACUCAUUUAGUUCCAUACGGAGGCAAUAAGUUUAGUUCCGGACAUGUUUCAUCGUAUAAAGUGUAAAAUCACAGGCUGCAGCCGUUUUUGAAGGGUAAGAUGGUACGUAAAAAAGAAGGUACCUCACUAACUAAUCCACUGUCCGGGCUUUGACAACGACGAAUUGAGCGUGCACGCUAAAUUUGGGCUAAUUCUGACCAGUUUCCACAAAAUUUUAAUUUGUGGCCAAAAUAAGGAACUUUUACCUUUUUUAUUUUUGAGGCGCUUUUUUCGAUUUUUUUGCCGCCUUUAUCUAAAUUUUUUUCAUUUUUAUUUGUUUUGAUUAUCUUCGAGCUGCGCCCGAGCCUAAAAUAAAUAAAACGGUUCUUAAGAUUUAACGAAAAAAAAUGUGGGUUGGCUUUCCGGCACAAAAAAAAAUUGUACCAAUUUUCAGCAAAUCGAGCAGCAAAUCAAGCCACACUCAGUCCAUCAAGAGCUCGAGAAGCCAAGAAACUUCCAGAACUUCCAAAAGCUCUAAAGGCUCCAAAACUUCGAAAAGCUCCAAGAUCCGCAUGGUCAAAAGAGUCCGUCAUCCAGAACAUGCCAGUAGACUCAUUUCGGAAUUAAAUGAGGAUUGGCAAAACGCCAACCUGGACGCCUACACUGUCGCCAUGUACCGCCGCAUGUUUGCGGGCGCGCGGACUCCGCGCGAAAUGGAAAAACUCUUGCGCCCCACGCAGUUCAUGGUGUACUACAAGCGCGGAGAGCGUCCCUUCGACCAGCCGUUGGAGUUGCCGUUGUUUUUGGGCUACAAGGAUAGUCAUGAUAUGGUGGGUUUGGGGAGGGGAGAAAAGGUUUUUGGGAUUUUUAAAUUUUGAUUAACAAGGGAAGCACCCCAAGUGCGACGCUCGGAUUUUCUUUAAAUUUUGCACACACGUCGGGAAUAGACUAAAUAUCAAUUCCUGAAAGUUUUAGCUCGCGCUUUGCAGGCGCCGCCGAGAUAUCGGACGAUUUAUGCCGCCCAGAGAGCACGCUAAACGUGGAGAGCGGUCAGAGAGAAAAGCGCUUUUUGGCCAUAACUUUGGCAGUUUCGUGCGGAAAAAUUUGAUCUUUUGUAGAAACAUUAUCCUUUACGGGAGAAAUAGGCAUGAAACUUUUCGUGCCGAAAUUCUGCAAAAAGUCCUAAAUUUUCGCCGACUUUCGAUCUAAAAAUCUCGGUUGUUUCAGCAAAGCGCGAGCUAGGAUUCUCGCAUAUAUCUUGGAAAAAAUUAUUCUAAAUUUGUGCCAAGUUUCAUCAAAAUCUAACCGUCGCACUUGGGGUACUUCCCUUGUAAAUUGUGAUAAGUAUACUUGUAGACCCACCACUUCCCGGUGAUCAACUUCAAAGACACAUUUGGGAAACGUCAAUGGACAAUCGGCGCGUCCUUUGACAUGCCCGGCGCCGCUUGCUGCAGCUUGGCCAGACUCUUGGAACACCACGAGAUCUACUCGUUUGUCGACGACUCUACCGGCGAUAUUGAUGUGUUCCCGGUCUGGCAGCUGCGGAAUAGUUCGAAUAGCAAGGAAUAG